AUGCCUCUUAUUGUGGUUAUUGCGGUAACUGUUGUUAGCAGCGGUAAUGGGUGGUACGGCACUGGCUCCAUUGCUAUCGAUAUUAUAAAACUAUACCAAAUUGCAUAUCACCAAAACAAAAAUGACUCGGAAUCGCUCUACGCCGGGCGGGACUUUGAGCCUUAUAGCCGUGAGCUCGUGUUGCUGGGCCAGGGGGAUGCACGAGCCCCCGAGCAGGUCGCCAGGGAUGGAACCAUCGAGAGGAGAACGCCCUCAAAGAGAAAUAAAACAGAAGAGGUUUUAAAUCUCCACAAGGCAUUUGCACAUAAUGCAGUCCAAACAAAAUACAAAGAAAUCUCCAACAACCUCGAAACAGUUAUUCCACCAAAAUCUCCCCCAGGCACAGUAUUUCCACCUCUAUCAAACUCAAACAGUUUAUCUCCACCAAAUCACUUAUAUCCACUGACCACGGACCCUACCUCACCAGGCCCAUACAAAACCAAACCUCCACCAGCAAUACAGCGCCCAACUCCAAAGGUAAGCACGCCAACUCCACCAGGCAAUAGCAAGCCACCUCCAACCAGGCAUAGCAAGCCAACCUCCACCAGGCAGGGCAUAUCCAAGCCAACCUCCCCACCCAGGCAUAGCAAGCAACCUCCACCAGGCAUAGCAAGUAAGCCAACCCUCCACCUUCCCACCAGGCAUAGCAAGCCAACCUCCACCAGGCUAGCAAGCCAAGCCAAACCUCCACAUAGGCAUAGGGAGCAACCCAACCUCCACCAGGCAUAUACAAAGCGAACUUACACUCCAUCAAACACAAAGACGCUUUAUCAAAUUUUUAUCAAUCAAAGCAUCACUCCCUUCAGCAGACACGAAGACUUAAUCUCCAGCAAACAUCUCCACCACCACCAGAAACUGCAACCAGACCUCCACCACACAGAGAUCUCCUCCGCCAGACACACCGGCCCGACCUCACACACCUCCGUACCCUCUCCACCAGACACACCGCCCCUAGACCACACCGCCUCCCUCCGCAAGACAAAACCGCCCACCAUCGUCUCCAGACACACCGCCCCGAACCAGAACCCGCCCCAAGACACACCGCCCCGACCUCCACCAGACACACCGCCCAGACACACCAGACCCCGACACACCGCCCGACCACCACCAGACCGACCGUCCCCGACCUCCGCCGAGACAACCCGCCCCGACCUCCGCCAGACACACCGCCCCGACCUCCACCAGAUCAGCACCGCCCCGACCUUCCACCAGACACACCGCCCCGACCUUCCACACAGCCACACCGCCCGACCUCCACGAUCAUCCCGCCCCGACCUCCGCCGACACACCCGCUCCCGAGACCACACCGCCACACGAACCGCCCCGACCUCCGACCACCCGCCCGACACACACGCCCCGACCUCCCGACCAGACACACCGCCCGACCUCCACCAGACACUCCCCGACCACCUCACCACCAGACACACCGCGCCACACCGCCAGACCCCGCCAGACACGCCGCCCCGACCUCCACCAGACACACCGCCCCGACCUCCGCCAGACACACCGCCCCGACCUCCACCAGACACAACCCACCGCACCCAGACACACGCCCCGACCUCUCGCCAGACACACCGCCCCGACCUCCAGACACACCGCCCCGACCUCCACCCGCCCCGACCUCCACCAGACACACCGCCCGACCUCCGCAGACACACCGCCCCGACCUCCACCAGACACACCGCCCCGACCUCCGCCAGACCACACCGCAUCCGACCUCCGGCCAAGACACAAAGAGUCCAUCUGCCAGCAGAAAGCUGGACUAGACAGAGAAGGUGUGUUAUGGUUUCUGCAGCGCCCGCCUGUUCAUUUGGCCACCUAAGUUACCUGGUGUCUUUGUGUCCGACCCUGCUGCCUGCGUCUCAAUGA